CUUGCAACAACUCUGUCACCCAUGUCAGUCGGUAGACCACGGCACGUCUGCGAGCCGUGUCGUGCACGCAAGAUACGAUGCGACAAGGGCACGCCGUGCGGGCCGUGUCUCCGGCGCCGAAUCCCCAGCCGCUGUACGGGUGCUACAGGCUCCGAGGCCGCCUCGAUGCCCUCACCACGCCCACAUUCACACUCUCCCGAGCGCCGUCGUGAGGCCACGGCCGACUCUGCUGCCGCCGACUCACCGUACCCCCUCUCGUCGAUCGCAGAGUCACGGGGCACGCUGCCGAUCGUGUUUGAGACACACGAGCCGUCCGGCCGCGAGUCGGAGAGCAGCAUGGUCGCUGACAUGCUCGACGUGUUCGGCAUGGGACUGCGUACAACACGUGAGCGGCUACGGCGGGGCGCGCCGGCCCCGCCGCCCAUGAGCGCCUACCUCCUCGAACACAUGGGGCGGGCACUGGCAAUCCUGCCUGAUGAGCAACGGAGCCGCUCCCUUGUGGACAUCUAUUUCGCCAAGGUCGACUGGUUUACGCGCGCACUGCACCGUGAGCGGUACAUGAGCGAGUUUGAGAGCCUGCUGGCGUCGCCGCAUCCCCAGACAGUCCGCCCGUCCUGGCUUUGCCUCCAUCUCGGGGUGAUAUGCCUUGCGACUCACAUGCUUGAUGCGAGCGAGCGCGACGCGCUGUCUAUCCCCGACUCUGAGUGUCAGGACCUCGCGCAGACAUACUUUCUCGCUUCCAAAGAGCUGUUGUUCGCUUCCGAUUUCUACUUCAACCAAACGGUCGAACACCUCCAGUGCAUCAUCCUCCACGGAGUGUAUCUCUACAACACGGACGAAGGAGCCGACUCACACUGGGCACUCCUCGGCUCGGCCAUCAAGAUUGCAUACAAUCUCGGACUGAACCGUCUAGGGCCCGAGAACGUCCGCGAUCACCAGUGGCCUAGGCCAUGGCAGGAUCCCGUGCAGCGCGACAUUGGCCGGAGGGUGUGGUGGAACAUUGUAUGGAACGACUGGACGCUGGCGACGGGGUAUUGUUCGACAUACUGCGUCCACCCAUCGCUCAACUUCACAGUCCUGCCGGGCAACCACGCCGCGCCGACCAGCGCUGCCGACCACGGCGUGCAACCACUGGACGUAUACACGCCCAUGUCAUGCUUCAUCUUCCGUCGCCACUACGACACGUCGCAACGUGAGACGAUAGACCACCGGCGUGAGAACGCUUUCCGGGACAUGGCGUAUGUGCGCCGCACCGACCGGCGGCUGGAAACGCUGGGAGCAAGCCUCCCACCCCACUUCCAGUCCCUUUCCAAGGCUCAACAGACGGCCGAACGCCUCGGCAGCCCGACCGUCGUGUACGAAUACCUCCUACUCCGUAUCAUACACAACGCAAGGCUCGUCCGGCUCCAUGUGCCGUACCUCGUCGCGGGGUACACCGACCCCAACUACCGAUACUCUGCGGACCGCGUCAUCGGUGCCGCCAAGGCGACGCUGCAGGACUUGCACAUGGCGUGGCUCGAGUGCCCAGCGCUACUCAACUUUUGGCUCGUCCUAUCCAACAGCUACUUUGCCGCAGUGGUCAUCUUCAUCAACCUCUGCUAUGGCCCCGACACUUCCAAGCGGCAGUCACAGCGCAACCUCCUCAGACAAACAGUCUACGUCUUCCGUGAAGCUACUGGCGUCAGUGUAAUCGCCAGGAACGCGUGCCGCAUUCUGGACGCGCUGUUAGCUGCCGAACGGGACAUCGCCGCGGCCCCACUGACGGCCCCAGACCCCGGGAGUGAGCUGCAGCCCCUCCGGAGGGCGGUCGAGCGGAUCCUCGGCAUCGGCCAGCACGAAGCCGUGCCCCCUGCGGCGGCGACCGCGGUCCCGUCAUCCUCACUGUCGUCGUCACCCGCGGGUGAAGGCUCCGCCCCAACAACAGAAGACAUCUGGGGCGAGUGGUUGAUGCCAGCCGCUGACGACUGGGGCGGCGGGGGCGGUGACCUAAGCUCGCUCUUCCCGCCCGCCGACAACGCGAGCCUUGAGCGUCUGCUCCACCUCGUCGGCCUCGACGCGUCGUUUCCCGGCGGGUCGACGUAGCGCCGUGCCUCGGGCGCCGGUGUGCGCGUCAAAGUCGUCUCGGAACGAUGUGGGCCGCAGGCGAUGGUCAAGGUCUGUGGUUGCAUGUGGUGCACCCGGCGGCCCAAUGACAAUGAUACUUGUAUGCGGCGCGUCUGCCGAUUCUACCACGACCUAGCGCGUCCCAAGCGCGUUAAACAGCUCCCCGAGGUCAAGCGCUGUUGUUAUCAGCAGACCGACGUUCCCGCUCCCUAAUUGGGACUGGCUAAACUCUAAUCGACGCGUCAUCUAUUCUGACCCCCAAACCCUAACACGCACCCGCGACAGCUAACUCGACCCGCAACACCUUGUGCCUUGAUCCAAACACGACCUUACCAGACUUCUCCGCGCUGUCAACUAAGCUUGACCAUGUUUGUCGUAGUGAACACGGCUGCUUACACCCGGCAAACAUCGGUCGAGGUUAGAAGACGGCCCUGGUCCAGCUUACUCUGCAAGGUCUAGCGUGUGAUCUGGCUCCUGGCCCUGGUGAAUAGACUUAGCGGGACAUAUCUGGCCCAAGACGCGACGCGACGCGACUCGCCGCAACCUCGCCGCUAGUCGCUGCGCCGUCGACAUCACAAGCGUCAAUAAUGCUCCAUGAUCCGCCGUGUAGGUUGAGUUCGAUCCAACCACUAUCGGGAGCGCACCAUGUGCUACACGGUGCCAUCGGCGAGCACGGCGUCGCCAGAAACGAGCGACCAGCGAGCUAGUGUUGUGGACGUCGAGUGCGGCUCGCUGAUGCCCGUAGCGCGUUGUUUCGCCAACGUCCUCGCCGAGGUGUGGCGAUGCGUAUAAGAUGCAGCUCGUCGUUCCGCCUUGGAUGUCAUCGACAGCGCCUCCUGGGACACCAUGACCAUACUCUUCCUCACUCUCUGGCUCCUGCUUGCCAGUCUUGGCGUGCAGGCCGACAUCGACCUCGACCUCUCGCGGCUCCUUAUCGGCUCUUCAGCUGGUGGUUCGGGAUACCGCAACAUCAAGAUCUGGCAAGGCCUCAAUGACGGGACUCUGCAGUACAACUACAGCUCGCCGCUCGGCUUUGGUGGCGGAUUUGACGUCCCCAAGAAGCGCGCCUUCGCCCGCCGUGAUGUGCAGGGCUGGAAUACAACGCUCACAAUGGGUACUGUCACCGACAACCCCCCCACCAAGUCCACCAAGCGCACCUAUUGCUUUGCGCAGCCUCUGUCUCACCUGGACCCAACGGCACCCAAGACUCAGUUCUGUCAGCGCUACUUCAUCAACGCAGACUACUACAAGCCCGGUGGACCCAUCUAUGUCUUUGACGCUGGAGAGGGGCCUGCUGAAAACGUGGCCGGCUACGCGUGGAGCCAGAACCCCGCCUUUUGGGCCAAGAAGUACAAUGGCCUCGCCAUCGUCCUCGAGCACCGAUACUAUGGCUGGUCGAUGCCCGUCCCCGACUUGAGCACCGACAACUUGCGCUGGCUCACAGUCAGGGAGUCGCUCGAGGACAGCGCCAACUUUGUCCGUAAUUGGGUACCUCCGGCUGGGUUGUUCAACUUUACCGUUGACCGCACUGUCCUUGAUCCCAAGAACACGCCGUGGUUUGCUGUGGGGUGUUCGUAUCCCGGUGGACGUGCUGCAUGGCUGCGAACACAGUACCCCGACCUCUUCUAUGCUGGCCUCUCGAGCUCAGGUGUGACGGUCGCCAAGGCUCACUUUUCUGAAUACUGGCACGCCAUCCAGGCUUAUGGCCCUCAGCCAUGCGUGCAGUGCAUCCAGAAUGCUAUCCAGUGGGUAGACGACCUCCUGGAUCAGGGUGGGGAGGCAGCACAGGCAAUCAAGACCUUCUUUGGCCUCGGAGAACUCUCUAGACACGCAGACUUUGCACAAGUCCUCGGUGACCCCGUUUGGGGUUGGCAGGGACAGGUCUACUACCAAAAGCAGGCCGUCCGUGAUGUUUUCUGCCCCUACAUCCUCAAGCCCCGCGACCCCAAGUCGAGCAACACGAUCACGUUUGGCGGAAAGAAUGUCACUCUCCCGGACAACGUUGUCAACUAUGCAGACUACAUCAAGACGGUCACGAUUACGGCGGCGUCUUGUGUAGGGCGCAUAAAGUAUUGCUACGACAACACGGACAGAUCCAACCUCCUCCGUGACGAUGUGACCCAGUGGUGGCGUAUCUGGAAAUGGCAGACCGGCCUUGAGUUUGGCUACACCCAGUACACCCCCGAGACUGGUCCUCGCGUCACGUCCAAGUACAUGACAUACGACUACAUGACAGAAGUCUGCAAGGCCGCCUACCCUCCUGGGAAGUACUUCCAGCUGCCCUCUUCGCCCAACGUGGACUCUAUCAACGCGAUGGGCGGGUACGACAUUGCCUAUGACCGAAUCGCGAUAGUUAAUGGUCAGGCCGACCCGUGGCGCUAUGUCACCCCCGCUGCCGACUUUUUGCCUCAGCGACAGUCGACCAUCCUUCGUCCGUUCUACGUCAUUCAAAACGCGACGCACUGCUGGAACUUGAUCCAGAAACCCAGCGAACCUCAGAGUAUCAUCGACGUCAACACCUUCCAGGACCAGUUUAUGGACGAAUGGUUGAACUUCUGGAACCAGACCAAGGCUGGUACCGGCGGCGCCGGGGGUGCGGGCGGCGCUGGAGGCGUUGGAGGCUCAGGCGACCACGGCGGCGCUGGAGGUGCUGGUGGUGCGGGUGGCACUGGCGGCACUGGCAGUGCCGGGGCCGCUGGUGGUGCCGGGGGUGCCGGGGGUGCCGGGGGUGCCGGUGGUGCUGGUGGCACCUCGGGCACGACGGGCACUACCGGCACGACGGGCACUACCGGCACGACGGGUGCAGCCGGCCCAGGGGGUGCUGGUGGAGCGGGAGGUGCUGGUGGCGACGGCGGUGCUGCCGGAGCUGGUGGCGUCGGAGGCGCAGGUGGUGUUGGUGGCGCCGGCGGUGCUGGAGGUAACGGCACCAUUGGUGGUGCUGGCGGCGUCGGCGGCGUCGGAGGUGCUGGCGGCAGCGGCAGUACCGGUGGAGCUGGAGGUGGUGGUGGCAAGGGUGGCGCUGGCGGCAACAACAAGCCUCAUCGUCGUGCCGUGGUCUAG